AUGGGUAAUGACCUGAAAAGCCAGCUAUCUAGAGAGAGUCAUAUAUUUGGACUCAAAGUUUGGGAAGUAAUUGGAAUAGCGGUUGCAUUGCUCAUCAUAGCCAUACUCUCUGUUCUUUCGUAUUGUCUUACAUCGAAAAAGAAAUCAAGAAGAUCGAAAACCGGUCUUCCGAUUACUCAAAUCCCUCAAGUCUCCAAGGAGAUCAAAGAAGUGAGAGUUGAGCAUGUCUCAGCGAGUAACUUUGCUCCUCGUGAAGGCAUUCUUCUCACAAUUCAAGACAAAAACAACAAAGAUUCAGACAAAGUCUUGGUUCAUUUAGAUAUAGGCAAGAAGCGAAAGAACAAGGGUGGAAGUAGUUGCAGCCGGUCAGGCUCAUUUCAUCAUUUAGAGAUCAUAGAUAAACAUUCCGAGUCAGGUGAAGAAGUUUCCGUAAAUCAACCUUCUUCAUCAUCAUUGUAUAACAUUGCAACGCCAUCUCCAUUGUCUGGUUUGCCUGAGUCGCAUCUUGGUUGGGGACACUGGUUUACAUUGAGAGAUCUUGAAAUAGCAACUAACAGAUUCUCAAAGGAGAAUGUUAUCGGUGAAGGUGGUUACGGAGUUGUUUACAGAGGAGAGUUGAUAAAUGGAACUCCUGUUGCAGUUAAAAAGAUUCUUAACCAAUUGGGACAAGCAGAGAAAGAGUUUAGAGUUGAGGUUGAUGCUAUUGGUCAUGUGCGUCACAAGAACUUGGUUCGUCUUCUUGGAUACUGCAUUGAAGGCACUCACAGGAUAUUGGUUUACGAGUAUGUGAACAAUGGAAAUUUAGAACAAUGGCUUCAUGGAGCAAUGAGACAACAUGGAUAUCUAACUUGGGAAGCGAGGAUGAAGGUUCUCAUCGGUACAUCUAAAGCUCUUGCAUAUCUGCAUGAAGCAAUUGAGCCAAAGGUAGUACACCGAGACAUCAAGUCAAGCAACAUACUGAUCAACGACGAAUUCAACGCAAAGGUUUCGGAUUUCGGCCUUGCCAAGUUGCUUGGCGCUGGGAAAAGCCAUGUGACAACUCGAGUGAUGGGAACAUUUGGGUAUGUAGCUCCUGAAUAUGCAAACACAGGACUGUUAAAUGAAAAGAGCGAUGUCUAUAGCUUCGGUGUUGUGCUCUUAGAAUCAAUCACAGGACGUGACCCUGUGGACUAUGGCCGCCCUGCUCAUGAGGUGAAUCUAGUGGACUGGUUGAAAAUGAUGGUUGGAACAAGGCGAUCAGAAGAAGUAGUGGAUCCAAACAUAGAAGUAAGGCCACCUACAAGAUCAUUGAAACGAGCACUUUUGACCGCUCUAAGAUGCGUUGAUCCAGAUUCCGAAAAGCGGCCAAAAAUGAGCCAAGUAGUACGUAUGCUUGAGUCUGAAGAAUAUCCAAUUCCAAGAGAGGAACGAAGACGUACUAGAACGCGAGAAGGGAGUAUGGACUCAGACAUUGACAUGAGUACACCAAUUUCAAGAUCACAGAGCAAGAGACGAUAA